UUCAUUUCAGAUUUGAUAAAACUGCAACGAUGACUGACUCAAAAUAUUUUACAACUAACAAAAAAGGGGAGAUCUUUGAGCUGAAAGCUGAGCUGAACAAUGAGAAGAAAGAGAAGAGGAAGGAGGCCGUGAAGAAGGUCAUUGCUGCCAUGACUGUGGGCAAAGACGUCAGCUCCCUGUUCCCAGACGUGGUGAACUGCAUGCAGACAGACAACCUGGAGCUGAAAAAGCUGGUCUACCUGUACCUGAUGAACUACGCUAAGAGCCAGCCAGACAUGGCCAUCAUGGCUGUCAACAGCUUUGUAAAGGACUGCGAGGACCCCAACCCUCUGAUCCGAGCCCUGGCCGUACGCACCAUGGGCUGCAUCCGCGUGGACAAGAUCACCGAGUACCUGUGCGAGCCGCUGAGGAAGUGCCUGAAGGACGAGGACCCCUACGUGAGGAAGACGGCGGCCGUGUGCGUGGCCAAGCUCCACGACAUCAACGCCCAGAUGGUGGAGGACCAGGGCUUCCUGGACUCCCUCAGGGACCUCAUUGCCGACUCCAACCCCAUGGUGGUGGCCAACGCUGUCGCAGCUCUCUCUGAGAUCAGCGAGUCGCACCCCAACAGCAACCUGCUGGACCUCAACCCCCAGAACAUCAACAAGCUGUUGACGGCCCUCAACGAGUGCACAGAGUGGGGCCAGAUCUUCAUCCUGGACUGCCUGUCCAACUACAACCCCAAGGACGAGCGAGAAGCCCAGAGCAUCUGCGAGCGCGUCACCCCGCGUCUCUCGCACGCCAACUCGGCCGUGGUGCUGUCGGCCGUCAAGGUGCUGAUGAAGUUCCUGGAGCUGCUGCCCAAGGACUCGGACUACUACAACACCCUGCUGAAGAAGCUGUCCCCUCCGCUGGUCACCCUGCUGUCGGGGGAGCCCGAGGUCCAGUACGUGGCCCUGCGCAACAUCAACCUCAUCGUCCAGAAAAGGCCGGAGAUCUUGAAGCAGGAGAUCAAGGUGUUCUUUGUCAAGUACAACGACCCCAUCUACGUCAAACUGGAGAAGCUGGACAUCAUGAUCCGCCUGGCCUCCCAGGCUAACAUUGCCCAGGUCCUGGCCGAGCUGAAGGAGUACGCCACAGAGGUGGACGUCGACUUUGUGCGGAAGGCUGUGAGGGCCAUCGGACGCUGUGCCAUCAAAGUGGAGCAAUCUGCCGAGCGCUGUGUGAGCACGCUGCUGGACCUGAUCCAGACCAAGGUCAACUACGUCGUCCAGGAGGCAAUCGUGGUCAUCAGGGACAUCUUCCGCAAGUACCCCAACAAGUACGAGAGCAUCAUCGCCACGCUCUGUGAGAACCUGGACUCCCUGGACGAACCGGACGCGCGCGCUGCCAUGAUCUGGAUCGUGGGCGAGUACGCUGAGAGGAUCGACAACGCCGACGAGCUGCUGGAGAGCUUCCUGGAGGGCUUCCACGACGAGAGCACCCAGGUCCAGCUCACCUUGCUGACCGCCAUCGUCAAGCUGUUCCUCAAGAAGCCAUCUGAGACUCAGGAGCUGGUGCAGCAGGUUCUAAGUCUGGCCACGCAGGAUUCAGACAACCCCGACCUGCGCGACCGAGGCUACAUCUACUGGCGCCUGCUCUCCACCGACCCCGUGACGGCCAAGGAGGUGGUGCUGUCGGAGAAGCCCCUGAUCUCGGAGGAGACGGACCUGAUCGAGCCCACCCUGCUGGACGAGCUCAUCUGCCACAUCGGCUCCCUGGCCUCCGUCUACCACAAGCCCCCCAACGCCUUUGUGGAGGGCAGCCACGGCAUCCACCGCAAACACCUGCCCAUCCAGCACGGCAGCAUCGACACAGGCGAGAGCCCCGUGAGCGCGGGGCCGGCGGCCCCCCAGGACCAGACCCAGGUCAUCCCCUCCCAGGGAGACCUCCUCGGGGACCUGCUCAACCUGGACCUGGGGCCCCCCGUCAACGUUCCCCAGGUGUCCUCCAUGCAGAUGGGCGCUGUGGAUCUUCUGGGAGGGGGUCUGGACAGCCUGCUCGGGGGAGACCUGGGAGGAGGUGUUGGGGGAAGUCCAGCAGUGGGCCAGAACUUCAUCCCCUCCUCCGUUCCCAACACGUUUGCCCCGUCCCCGACCCCCGCUCCUGCGGCUCUCAGCAGCGGCCUCAGCGACCUGUUUGAGCUGUCCACAGGCAUGGCCAACACAACUGGAGGCUUCGUGUCUCCCAAAGCUGUGUGGCUGCCUGCAGUGAAAGCCAAAGGGCUGGAGAUCUCUGGAACAUUCUCUCGCCGCCAGGGCCACAUGUACAUGGACAUGACCUUCACCAACAAAGCCCUGCAGCACAUGAGCGACUUCGCCAUCCAGUUCAACAAGAAUAGCUUCGGAGUGAUCCCCACCACCCCGCUGGCCAUUCACACUCCACUGAUGCCCAGCCAGAACAUCGAGGUCUCCCUGCCUCUGAACACCAUCGGGCCAGUCAUGAAGAUGGAUCCACUCAACAACCUCCAGGUGGCUGUUAAAAACAACAUUGACGUCUUCUACUUCAGCGGGCUCAUCCCUCUCAACAUCUUCUUCGUGGAGGACGGCAAAAUGGAGCGCCAAGUGUUCCUGGCCACCUGGAAAGACAUCCCUAACGAGAACGAGCUGCAGUACCAGAUCAAGGAGUGCCACCUAAACGCAGACACGGUGUCGGGGAAGCUGCAGAACAAUAACAUCUACACCAUCGCCAAGAGGAACGUGGAGGGCCAGGACAUGCUGUACCAGUCCCUGAAGCUCACCAACGGCAUCUGGAUCCUGGCCGAGCUCCGGAUCCAACCUGGCAACCCCAACUACACGCUUUCCCUGAAGUGCAGAGCUCCAGAGGUGUCUCAGCACGUCUACCAGGUCUACGACGCAGUCCUGAAGAACUGAACACUCCUAGCCCUGCCUUCCGUCCAAACACCUUCCACUCCACACGUCUGGAAACACAACAGCAGCUUCUGAGCGUUUGUGCCGUUGUCAAUAUUUCCCCCUCCUUCAUUCCAUCCUUCAACCCCCUCCCCCUCCACAUUUUACCCCUCCCUUGGGAGUGAGCAAUUCUAUGCUAAACUAAAUGUCUUAAUGUCGUGAAAAGUGAUUGACGGUGAACACCUCCCUUGAAGGCCAGAUUUUCAUAUUCACAAAGCCAUUCGUUGCUUUACCUAUUUGAAAUGUACUUUGAAAAUGUACGUCAUAUUUGCUCCGUGCCGAUUCAUUUUUUAAAUGUUUGUCCUGCUUUGGUAGUACAUUUGCUACUUUUCUUAACCAUUCCACCAAUUCUAUACAACUGAGCUAAUGAAUCCUAUCUCGUCUCAGUCAGUUGAAGCUAUUUCACUGUUCUGUAAGACGAGGGGCCUAAUAUUCUGAGCCAAAAUGGCAGCUCAGAGGCAAGAGCAGGGCAAGGGAACAAUAAAUUGUUAGGUUGCUAUGGUUUUAAUGCAUUGGCAUUCCGUUUCCGUAACCACUACACAAACCACUAUUUAUGGUAGCAAAUAUUCUGCGUACGCUUGAGUCUGUGCUAUUCCAUUUGUUUUUUGUUUUUAUAUAUUGAUACGUGCAGCUGAUUAUUUCAUGCCUCUCCUCCCCUUUUGAAGUUGCCCACUCUACUGCAGCUAUCAACAGCAAAGCUACCAUAUCAUUCCUAUAACUCCCAUCCCCCCUUGUCCAUUAACUGGAUUAUAGUGUCAGUACUGAUUGUGUGUGUGGAAUGAGUAGUAGCCCAUUCUGUAAUGCUGUUUUCACCUUAUUUAGAUUCCAUGUCAAUAUAAUGCAUUGUGUUUUAAUAUUUGAGAUUGUUAUUGAAAUUCAAUUUGCAGCCGUUUAUCCAAAUAUGUCGAAUCCCUGGACCUGUAGGGGCUAUUCCAAUCGAACCCCCACCAGUUGAUAUUUUCCCAGCGAGGAAAAAGGAAACGUAAUAUCAAUGAAAGGCCACAUGUAUUUGCCUAACCCAGCAGUUCAAUUUCCCUACUGGCUCCACCAUUAGCUUUUUCCUCAGGAGAAAGGGUAUUGUGCCCAUAUCCCAUCUAAGGACCAGUGUCAGCCCAUUAUGAAACUGCUCAGUGAUGUAGUGUAGUUUGUAGAUAACACUUCUGUAUGAAUAAUGAAAGACAAUAUAACCCUGUAAUCCAGAAGUUGUGUGCUUGUAUUUAGUCAAACAUUGGGGCUAUAAUCCUGUUAUGUACCAGGUCCUCAUACUGAACUGUGUUCGGUUUUAAUCAUAAAUAAGAGUUCAUUCCAGUGUGAUAUCUGCCGUCUCCAUAAUUAACCAUGCACCCUGCACCUCUGGGAAUUUAGCUCAAGUGUAUCAAACAGUUGAAACGAAUGACCAGUGGUAGUCAAUAAGACACCUGUUGUACUUUGUGACGAGGCUUAUGUCGUUGCCAUACUUGCUUACGUGCCUGCGAUCCUGCAUGGAGGCAGUGUCCAUUGUUCCUAACAAGUCCCUUGUUGUUUCUUUACCUCAGGUUUACGUUUUAUUAAUGGGGGCCAAAGGUUGCUGUAUAUCACCCAAAACUCUUUAAGUACUUUAUUAAAAAACACCAACCAGCAAUACAGAAUGCACGUAGUAAAGUUGUCAUCUGAAAUGUUUAUCCGCAAGCUUCUAGCCUGUUGUAGGCUACCAUUGCCCUCACUACUUGCUGCCAAUAUGUCACUGUAGUCUGAUGUAACCUGUAUUUCAAUAAAAAUGUCCAGUCUAUA